AUGACCAACAUUCGAAAAACCCACCCACUAGCCAAAAUCAUCAACAACUCAUUCAUUGACCUACCCACACCAUCAAAUAUCUCAGCAUGAUGAAAUUUCGGAUCUCUUCUCGGAAUCUGCCUAAUCUUACAAAUUCUAACAGGCCUAUUCCUAGCCAUACAUUACACCUCAGACACAACUACAGCCUUUUCAUCAGUUACACACAUCUGCCGGGACGUAAACUACGGCUGAAUCAUUCGAUACAUACACGCAAAUGGAGCAUCCAUAUUCUUCAUCUGCCUAUACAUACACGUAGGACGAGGACUAUACUACGGCUCCUACACAUUCACAGAAACAUGAAACAUCGGCAUCAUUCUCCUAUUUACCGUCAUAGCCACAGCAUUCAUAGGCUAUGUUCUACCAUGAGGACAAAUAUCAUUCUGAGGAGCAACCGUCAUUACCAACUUACUAUCAGCAAUUCCCUACAUCGGAACUGACUUAGUACAAUGAAUCUGAGGCGGAUUUUCAGUUGACAAAGCAACCCUAACACGAUUCUUCGCCUUCCACUUUAUCCUUCCCUUCGUAGUAUCAGCACUAGCAGCAGUACAUCUACUAUUCUUACACGAGACAGGAUCCAACAACCCCUCCGGAAUUCCAUCUGACUCAGACAAAAUCCCAUUUCACCCCUACUACACAAUCAAAGACAUCCUAGGAGCCCUACUCCUCAUUCUAACCCUAAUAUUACUAGUAUUAUUCUCACCCGACCUGCUAGGAGAUCCCGACAACUAUACUCCCGCUAAUCCCCUAAGUACUCCACCACAUAUCAAACCCGAAUGAUAUUUCCUAUUUGCCUACGCAAUCUUACGAUCCAUCCCUAACAAACUAGGAGGAGUACUAGCCCUAGCACUCUCUAUCCUAAUUCUUGCCAUCAUCCCCCUACUCCACACAUCAAAACAACGAGGAAUAAUAUUCCGACCCAUCAGCCAAUGCUUAUUCUGACUAUUAGUAGCAGACCUGCUCACACUAACAUGAAUCGGGGGACAACCAGUCGAACACCCCUACAUCACCAUCGGACAACUAGCCUCAAUCCUAUACUUUACAAUCCUACUAGUACUAAUACCCAUCACUAGCAUUAUCGAAAACAACAUCCUAAAAUGAAGA